CAAUGAAGUUUCUAUCUCUAAAACCGGCUUUCCGGCGAUAUUCAUUCUGCCGUUACUAACACAGCCAUGGCUAAUCUGAAAAUGCACCGGUGAGUAUACUGGUAUAGAUACAUACACUGUAUAUAUAGACAUAUAGAUACAGAGAGAUAUCGAUAUAGGAAUAUCAAGGAUGUGGAGAUCGUCGUUUUUGAGGUUGAAAGAAGGGUUGUCGUUAGGGAUUGUUAGGUCUAAACCGGUUUUGUUUGGAUUGAGAGCAGCUGGUUCCGUUGAAUCUAAUAACAGAUUCUGUGGUUGUUUGUUUUCGAGUUCGGCCGGCGGAGAAAGCGGCGGCGGGGACGGGGUAGGAGUAGCGCGAGCGGUUGACGAUGGUGAUAGUAUAUCGUUUGCGGAGGCGAAGAAGCUGAUGAGAUUGGUGAAUGUGGAGGCAUUGAAGAUGAAAUUUGGUACGGAAGGGAAGGAGGUGAUUUGUUAUUCGGAGCUUUUACAGGCUUGUGAGAAUAUGGGGGUUGCGAAAUCGGUUGAUGAAGCCAAGACGUUUGCGAAGGUUCUUGAUGAAGCUGGUGUUGUUCUCAUUUUUAGAGAUAAAGUUUACCUUCACCCUGAUAAGGUGGUGGAUCUUGUGAGGAGGGCGGUACCCCUUGCCCUAACAGCCGAUGACGAUCCAAGGAGGGAGGAGCUGAAGAGGUUACAAGCAAAGCAAGAAGAAAUUGACAUGCAAGCCCACCGACAGGUCCGUCGUAUCCUCUGGACCGGGCUCGGAUUCGCACUGGCUCAAAUCGGGCUCUUUUUCCGUCUAACGUUCUGGGAAUUCUCUUGGGAUGUUAUGGAGCCAAUUGCGUUCUUUGCAACCACAUCGGGGCUAAUCGUGGGUUAUGCUUACUUUUUGAUUACGUCGAGGGACCCCACGUACCAAGACUUGAUGAAGCGGCUGUUUUUAUCGCGAAGAAGAAAGCUGAUGAAGAAACAAAAUUUCGAUUUCGAAAGAUUGAUGGAAUUGCAGAAGAAAUGCAAGUCACCUUUGGAUGCACAUCCUUUGGCAAAACAUCAAGUUGCAGGGGUAGAACUGGAAACAAAGGAUUUGUUGCAAAAGAAUUAAAUAUAAAAGGGUAUAGAGAUCCUUUGUGAAUUAAUGGAAAAAGAGAGAUAGAGGUGAGAUUUGAGGUUGAGAUACCAAAUAUUUGAAUAUGCCCAUUUGACCGGAUCACAUGAGACCAUACUGUUUUCAUGAGAUUCGUGAGACCACAUAAAUAACACUAAACCUUUAGAGGUGAACAUUUGGUGUUUUUUGUACCUUUACAAUGCGUUAAUGUAAGGUUUCAGUGUUAUUUUA